AUGGGAACUCUCCGCCAUCUCCAGUUGGCUCUGCGAGAGAAGAUCGAGGAGUUGAGGCAGAGGGACGCUCUGAUAGAUGACCUGGAGCUGGAGUUGGACCAGAAGGACGACUUGAUUCAGAAGCUACAGAGGGAGUUGGAUAAGUACCGAUCUGUCCUGCGACCAUCAGCGCAGACAGAGGAGACCAACCAAGCCCAGGAGCACCAGCGAACCAAACGCCAGGCCAUCUCCGCUGAGCCCACCGCCCUGGACAUCCAGCAGAUCAGCGACGUCAGCCUUCCCUGUUUCUCCAAAAGCCCCCAAUCAAAGGAGCUGAUCAAAGGGGCCAUCAUGGAGAACGACUUCAUGAAGAAUCUGGAGGUGUCCCAGAUCCAGGAGGUGGUGGAUUGCAUGUACCCAGUGGAGUUCAUCGAGGACAGUUACAUCAUUGAGGAGGGGGAUGUGGGCUCCCUCGUCUACGUCAUGGAAGAGGGGAAGGUGGAGGUGACGAAGGGGGAUGUGAAGCUGUGUACGAUGGGGCCGGGGAAGGUGUUUGGCGAGCUCGCUAUCCUCUACAACUGCACCCGCACAGCCACCAUCAAAGCUCUAAGUAACGCCAAGCUCUGGGCUAUUGACCGACAGUGUUUCCAGGUCAUCAUGAUGAGGACCGGGCUGAUCAAACACACUGAGUACAUGCAGUUCCUGAGGAGCGUCCCCUCGCUCCAAGAUCUACAGGAGGACAUCAUCAGCAAACUGGCAGAUGUGCUGGAGGAGACUCAUUACGAAAACGAUGAGUACAUAAUCAGGCAGGGAGCCCAUGGGGACACCUUCUUCAUCAUCAGCAAGGGCAAGGUGACUGUGACACGGCAGGAUCCUGGCAACGAGGAGCCCAUCUUUCUCAGCGCUCUCUCCCGCGGAGACUGGUUUGGAGAGAAGGCCCUACAGGGAGAAGAUGUGAGGACCACAAACGUUAUCGCAGCUGAGGACGUAACCUGCCUGGUGAUUGACAGAGAGUCGUUCCGUCAGCUGAUCGGAGGCCUGGGAGAUGUGUCCAGUAAAGAGUUUGAGAGUGCCGAGCUACAGGCAAAGUUUGAGGCGGAAGCUGAGUUCUUUGCUGGUCUCGAUCAGAAGGAUUUCAAGAUCGUAGAAACUCUAGGCGUUGGGGGCUUUGGGCGUGUUGAGCUGGUGCAGCUGAGAAGUGAGGAGAGCAGAACAUUUGCGAUGAAGAUCUUGAGGAAACGUCACAUUGUGGACACUCAUCAACAGGAGCACAUCCGCUCAGAGAAGAUGAUCAUGCAGGAGGCACACAGCGCCUUUAUAGUCAGACUGUACAGGACAUUUCAGGAUAGUCAGUACUUGUACAUGUUGAUGGAGGCCUGCCUUGGGGGAGAACUGUGGACUGUGCUGAGAGACAGAGAAUCCUUCGAUGAUGCCACCACCCGCUUCUACACGGCCUGUGUGGUCGAGGCCUUUGCCUAUCUGCACCACAGAGAGAUCAUUUACCGGGAUCUGAAGCCCGAGAACAUCAUCCUGGAUCACAGGGGCUAUGCCAAGCUGGUGGAUUUUGGUUUCGCCAAAAAGAUUGGAUUUGGGAAAAAAACAUGGACCUUCUGUGGGACUCCGGAGUACGUGGCUCCCGAAAUCAUCCUGAACAAAGGUCACGAUGUGUCUGCGGAUUACUGGUCACUGGGAAUCCUCAUGUAUGAACUGCUCAUUGGCAGUCCUCCUUUCUCAGGCUCGGAUCCGAUGAACACUUACAACAUCAUCCUGAGAGGGAUCGACAUGAUCGAGUUCCCAAAGAGAAUCAGUAAGAACGCUGGACACCUCAUUAAAAGGCUUUGCAGGGACAACCCUUCUGAGCGUCUGGGAAACCAGAAGAACGGCGUGAAGGACAUUCAGAAACACAAGUGGUUUGAAGGAUUUAACUUUGAAGGGCUGAAGAACACAACUCUGACUCCCCCAAUCAUCCCCGCGGUCAGUGGGCCACUUGACACCAGUAACUUUGACAGUUUUCCCAAAGAUGCCGAGACCUUUCCUGCUGAUGAGGAUUCGGGAUGGGACUUUGCAAACUGCAGUGACAGCACAUGACAGGAGAGGUCACUCGGCUCAGUAAUGAUUCACCGAAAGCCACAGAAGUCGACCACAGUGAUAGCCAUCUCAGGAUUUAAUGGCACAGAAUUAGGAACAAUUCUUAGGGUCAGCUGCGAAAGCUGUUCUCUGAGACACUUAUAUUUUUGAAUUAAAAAAAAAAACCCGGUCUCUCAA